AUGGAGGACAAACAAAACAUGCAAUUUGUAGGCUUUAAUGCCAAAACUUUUCACAAUUUCUUCGCAACUGUGGAUGUACAAUCGGAUGCUUCUGAUUGGUAUUUCUCAGGAAAAAUCAUUUUACGUAGAAACAAUUUCAAAGAAAUAAAAAGAUCAAAAAAGGGUAGUGGUGUUACCCUACUCAAAAAGAUAAAUGAAUAUAGUAGCGGUAUAAAUUGUUACAUACCAAGCGAUGGAUACUGCUUUGUAAAGUGCGUAAAUCGUAUUUUAAACGAAGACUACACAAAAGAAUUUCAAGAUUUCAUCAACAGUUUUUCAAAAUCAAACAGAAAAGGAGUUAUGACAACUGCUAGAAUCUGUGAUUUCAAUAAGAAAUUUAAUUCUUUUUUUCAAAUUUAUAUGCCCAAACAUAGACAUUUUCAACCAAAGAAAGUAUCCGAGGAAUUAGAUUGGGUAUUUUACUUACAUAAAUCACAUUUCUGUCUCAUUAGAAGAAAUAACAAAACCUUAGAUAUUAAAGAAAUAGAAGAUAAUUACGAUGAAAACGUAUGGAGAACUUGUAGAGAUGCUAAUGCGGUAACACAAGUUUCACCUUCAAAACUAAAUGUUUUUCCAACAAUUCACGAUGAUUGUUUAUACGCAUGGGAUUGCGAAACCUAUCGCGAAAAAGAAACGAAUAAAGCCAUUCCUUAUUCUUGCACGUUAAUUAAUUUAGAAAAACUAAGAAAAAAGUUAGACAGAAUAAAACAUAACUUUCCAGAUUUAAAUCCCACUGAUAGUGUUCCAGAAGAAUUUUAUAAUAAAUUAAUGAAUAUAGUAGAACUAUUUAUGGGUAAAGAUUGCAUCGAUCAAAUGUUGCAACGUUUAGGAAAAAUAGAUAAAAAAAAGGAAUAA